CGGAAGUUGCUUCUUGUUGCUACUACUUCACACAACCGGGCAGGGCGAAAACGGGAGGACUUAAAUAGUUAGACCUAGACAGUCGGAAUGGGGAUCCUUGGAUUAACAAGUUACGUUGGAAACAACAGUCAUUUUUUUAUUGACACAAAGUUAAAAAAUACCAACAUUAUCAUUGAUGGUAACAGCUUGUACCACCAUCUUUAUUUUAAUUAUGGCAUUGACAAGCGGCACGGAGGAGAUUAUGACGUGUUUGCGGAUCUUGCACGUUCAUUUUUCAAACAGCUUUUUCUCUGCCACAUAAAUCCCUAUGUCUUGUUAGAUGGAGGAUGUGAUUACACUGACAAGAAGUUUGAAACACUUAAGAUGCGUGCUAAAGACAGAAUUAGAGUGGCACAUUCCAUUGCAGGAGGUUCUAAUGGCAGUGUGUUGCCACUGCUAUCCAGAGAGGUUUUCAAAACCGUCCUUUUACAGCUCGAAAUACCCUUUGUCCAAUGCUUGGCAGAGGCAGACUGGGAGAUAGCCUCACUGGCAAACCAGUGGAACUGCCCUGUUUUGUCAAUGGAUAGUGACUUCUGUAUCUUUGAUUUGAAGGGUGGUUAUUACCCCCUCAAUGAUUUUAACUGGAAGAGCACAAGCAAGGACAAAGACAAUAACGAAUUCUAUAUUCCAGCACUAUGUUUUUCUAUAGAUAAGUUCUGUGCACAUUUUAAUCAUAUGAACAAGGCACUCCUUCCUCUCUUUGCAGUAAUUAGUGGCAAUGAUUAUGGUAAUAUACCUGCGAUGGAGGACUUUUUUUCCAAAGUGAUUUUCCCCUUAGGGAAUGUUCGCAAUGCCAAGAGGAAUAACCUCAUUCACGGCCUCCUCAACUGGCUGUCGAGGUUUGAAGAACCAGGAGAGGCCAUAGAAAAAGUGCUAGAGUACCUUGUGGACAGUCGCAAGGAUGGAAUUCGGAAAUGUCUGUGUGCGGCUAUGGAGGAGUAUAAACUGUCUGAUAGCCACCUUGCAGAGUUCUUCACUAAAGGAACACCUUUGUCUAAAGUUCCAGUGGCAAUGGACAUGCUACCGGAUUGGGUUGUGGUUGCUUUAGGGAAAGGGAAGCUUGCCCGAUAUAUCAUUAAUGUACUGGUGUUGCAAAGGGUAUUCUUAGCUACACAGGUGGAUGACAGUCAACUUCCUAGCAGUCACAUGUGUUCUUUGCCAAUUCGUCAGGUUAUGUAUGGAUUGCUUUUAAAUGGCAGAAAUCCCAGUAAGGUAGGGAAUGGUGCCCAAGGGAAGAAUAAAGGCUUACUAGUGGAAGAAUAUUGCAGACAUGAUCUGACCCUUGGGAAAAGCCAGGUUAAAGCUGUGCUGACAAGGUCUUCAGAAAGCCUUUCACUGGAGGCAAUUGCAGAGGUUUCAUUGCCAGUCCGUCUUAAAAUACUUCUGGAGACCCUGGGAGUAAAACCCUGCAUUGUUGACGCAGUUUCUUCCCACCUGAUUUUACCAGUGGCUGUCACCUGUUACUGGUUGACUCAUUCAGUGCCAAAACCUAAACUGAUGCAACUUCAGGCCCUUUUGAUGGGAAUUGUAUAUGGAGAGCUACGCAGAUUAGAGUGUGAUGCAGGACCCAGAGGACCUACAGAUGAUGUUAAAAUAGCAUGUGACAGACUGUGGAGAAUGAGAGUAAGGCAGACAGACAUGGACAUUAAGCUUGCCCACAUAUUUUGCCAGUGGCAGGCUUGCAUUCAAAUAAGCCUAUACCUUAAUCAGCUGCUCUGCAAUCCACUCCAACAGCCAGAUAUAUCAUGGCUUUACAGUGGUACUUUUGUACACCAAGCCUUCAGAGAGUUGAAACAAGACAGAUCUCCUGAUUUCCUGUUGUCUGGAUGUACAGUGGCCUGCAAACUCUUCAAAGAUAUUCUCAGUGCCGUAUUGUCAGAUGUACCUGCAGAUUUCUUCCAGACCAGGGAAAAAAAGGCCAAAAAGUUUACAAAGCAACAGAAAGACGGCCGUUCAAAAGAGCGCAGGAGUGAUACAGAGGAGCCACUGUCCUGGCGAAACAUAAAUAACAGGUUUUCACUCUUAUUAACUGAUGAUGAAUAACUGGCCCCUUUUUGAUGGGGUACAAAUAACAUUAGGCACAGUACUACCAAUAAGUGACCUUUACAGGUAUAAUCAUUAAUUUGGAUUAGCAUUGUGCUUUUAUUAAUUUAAAUGUAUGUGAUAUAGCGGGUCAUGGAUGAUGUAUCAGAACCCUUUUUGAGUAGUGCCUUACUAUGCUGCAAGAAACUUUUAAGAGCUUUGUACUGAACAUUUUGGAAAUGUACAGGAAUUGUACAUUAAAGUCUUGUAUAUGUAUAUCUAAAUUUAGCAGUCGCUUAUUUUAAAUUACUUGCAAUAUAAAUCCAGUUUAACCUUAAACAGAACACCUUGUGGAAGAUAAUAAUAAUAAUAAAAAAUGAUCAGGUUAACACUAAUUUCCUUUUCGUGCUAAUUAUUUUGGAGCCUUCCAAGGAAAGAAAAAUGUGAAUAAAACAAAACACCACAAUGUACAGGAUAUUAGGAAAUGUAUUAACUUGCAUCCGCAUUUAGCACUGUUUGGGGACUACAGAGCCUGUGAUGCAUUUGAGUUGUAUAGUGGUCAUACAAAAAUGUGCACUAGCAUACAAGAAAAAGAAACAUGCUGCUACAGGUUUCAACAUUUCCAUGAACAUUUUGUCAACCAUUCUAAAAAACUGGCUUAUUAACAGCAAACUGUGGAUGCAAGUUGUCAAUGUUCCUGAUUUGCUCAAUACCCUGAUGUUGAGGACGCUUUGCUUUUGUGGUUUAAAAACGACUAUUAUCAGAAGUUCACUUACAGCCAUAUUUUCAAUAAAACACAAUACUUUUCAUUGUUAUAUAAUUGAAAAUAGAUUUCAGUGUUACUGUAACUUCAAUAAAAACUGGCAGUAUGCAUUUGGCGUAGACUUCUGAUAAUAUGAAUUACCGACAAGAUGCACUUUUUUGCUGGUCCCUUGAAAUUCGUAUUAAUGACAAUUAACUGUGUGUGUAUAUAUAUAUUUACACACACACAAUCUGUUCAGUUUUUACGCACAAUUUUACUCUGUUGGUGCUAAAAAAUACUUUUAAUUACAAGGAAGUCUCCUUUGUACUUCUGGUAAAAAAAAACAAAAAAAAAACGGGAUGUACAUAAAUAUUUUUGCAAAAUCAUGAAACCCAAAUUUGCAUAUUUUGAUAAAUGUGCUGCAAUUUAUAUAUUUAUGUUUUAUGGAUCUUGCAAUCAACCUGCAUAAUUUAUACAUUCCUAUUGGGACAGAUUUAUUAAGGUAUUUAUGCUAACUUAUUUGCAACCUUGUUUGGAAAACAGAAAAUGUGCAAUGUUAUGAAACUAGAAUGAAGUAAGUGGAGAUCACCUUUGAGUUCUAUGUUUCUAUUCUGUUACAUUUUCACUUUUCCUUUCACAAAAAAUGCUGCAAUGGGCACUUUAAGCGUAAAGACUGAUAAAUCAGGUUGAUUAUUGUUUGAAAUGAUGUAACUAGAUUGAGAUGUUGUUGAUUGAGUGUGGUUUUAUACAUUUUGUAUUUUUUUUUAAUUAAGUGUAAUGUUGAUGCAUGUAAACAUUUGUUUAUCCUUUAUAUAAAAAAAUACUGUAAUAAUUUAUUUUGUUUUGACAGAUGCUGCAACCGUCUUUGCAAAUUAUUGCAUUAUUGUUUAAUAAGACACCUAUAGUAAUGUUUUUAUAUAAGCAUAAUAAAGUAUUCAAUUCAAUAAUAUUUAUAUUAAUAAACAAAUUAAUUAAAUGA